AUGAGUGAAAGCAAUCGCAGACGGUUGUUUGAAUUGCUAAAAGUGGAGGGCAAUCAGUUUUGUGCUGACUGUCAUGAGGAGGACCCAGAAUGGGCCUCCUACACCAUCGGUGUUUUCCUCUGUACGCAGUGUGCCAGCAUCCACCGAAAGAUUGGCAUUCACAUCAGUCGAAUAAAGUCUCUAAAACUGGACAACUGGGACCAGUCACAUGUGGCCACCAUGGAAGCGAAUGGCAAUGCACUCAUCAAUGACUAUUUCGAGAAGCACGUGCCCGCCUACUACAGACGUCCCAGUCCUAGUGAUCCACAUGUCGUUCGCGAGCAGUGGAUUCGGGCCAAAUACGAGCGUAAGGAGUUUGUCUCUCCACCGAUGACAGCCUACGCUGAUGACUACAUCGAGGGCACUCUUUACAAACGUGGCAAAGAGGAUGGAAAGUUUCUGCCACGAAAGUUUGUUCUCUCUUCAGUGGAAGGCACCCUGAAAUAUUUUGUCAAAGAUACGCAUAAAAGCCCAAAGGCAGUGAUCAAGGUGAUCUCUGCAAAUGCCACCUUCUGCACAAACAAAAUCAGCAACCCAAAUGCCCUGCAGAUCUCUUGGAACAAGGACGGCUUCACGCGAAGUGUCUUUGUGUACAGUGACAGCGGAAAGGACAUCAUCGACUGGUACACGGCCAUCAGAGCGACAAAGCUUCGCCACCUGCAGAUUGCCUUCCCCGAGGUGCCCGUCAAUGAGCUGGUCCUCUGUCUCAGUCGAGACUUUCUCAAUGAGGGCUACCUCUGGAAAACUGGGCCUAGAGUGACGGACGCCUACAAAAAGCGGUGGUUCAUUCUCGAUGAAAAUCGAAAGCUCAUGUACCUCGAACAUCCACUGAAUCCCUACCCAAAAGGAGAAAUCUUCAUCGGCGACAGCAAUGAAGGCUACUCUGUCUGCGUGGGCGUAUCAUCAGGCAUGAAGGACUUUGAACAGGGACACUCAUUCACGCUGGUAACUCCCGGUAAGGAGCAGACUUCAAAUAAACUGAAGAGUCGAAAGUGGUGUUUCGGCACUGAAACCGCUGAAGAGAGGCAGCACUGGAUGCAGGCCCUCGAGUUGGUCAUCAACAAGCGCUCCUCAGUACCGAAUGAUGCCAUCAAAGAGUCGACUCGAAGUGAUCUUCGCGACUCCUACAUCAAACGAACCAACAAGGAGAAUGCCAACGGAAAGUCGUCGUCCAGCAACCGUCACUCUGGUCAGCAGAAGUCUAGCACCAUGAAGUUGGAGCCAGACGGAGCCAAUGAUAUGCUCAACAUUCAGCACUCUCGCCACCUUCAACGCAGUCCACCACCUAGUCCUCCACUGUCCUCUGAUGAGGGAAACGCCUCCAACGGAGGUGGCAUCUCUGAUGCUCAAACAGCAGCUUCGGAAGUGUCCAAUUCUGCCGCAGCUAGCUCAUCACUCUUCAGCAGCAUCAUCAGCAUGGGACAGCACAAGUUCCACGCGGCUGGCGCUGGUUCGGGUGCUGGCAGCGAUGACCAACUGCCUCCCUCACCCGGCGCCCUCUCCUCCGACGAGCCCAACUCACACUCUGACGGUUACUCAGGCAGUGCCGCUAGUCACCUGAUGUCUGGUGACCACCAUCACCAUCACAAUCACAAUCACCCUCACCCUCUGAACCAUCACCCCUUGAACCACCACCACCACAGCCAACUCCAGGCAUCACCGAAUGAUCUCUCUGCAGCGUAUGGUCGUGGCAGUGAAGCUGGUGGUGCUGCCGGCCCUGGUGGCGGUAGUGGUGGAGGCAGUGUCCGAGCAGGCAGCUCAAUGUCGCACCGAAGUCGCAGCUCCAGCGCCGACAGCGACUGCAGCGACGGCAGCUCUCGAGACAGCAAGCGCCGUCGCACUCGAACCAACUUCAACGGCUGGCAGCUGGAGGAGCUGGAGAAGGCCUUCGAGGCGAGUCACUACCCGGACGUCUUCAUGCGAGAGGCGCUCGCCAUGCGCCUCGAUCUCGUCGAGUCUCGCGUUCAG